AUGCGGUUGUGUGCAGCGCAGCGCUGCCUCCACGGCCCGUCGCUGGCGGUCGGCCGGGCGCGGCAAGCGCGCGACGUGCGCGCCGCGGCGGUCCGGGCUCGGUGGGUCUUCGACGCGCGGUACGGGAAGAAGGCGGAGACGAUCGCGCUGGUGCAGGAGUGGGUGGAGAGUGUUGGUGCUGCGGCGGGGCUGCCUCCCGGCGCUGCGCGCCUCAGCACCGGCACCAUCGGCGCACCCGAGUCACGACUCGAGCUUGAAGUCGAGUUGUCGUCCUUGGCGCAGCUCGAGGAGUUUUGGUCCUCGAUUCCCGCAGCCGAGCACCGCGCGUGGAGCCAGCGCGCGCAGUCCGUCGUCAUCGACGGCACCCCACGCUGGGAGGUCUACCACGUCGUCCCGCUCCCGCACAGCUCCGGCGCCCCCGCGAAGCCCACGGCCGCGGCAAACCCCACGUCGCAGAGCUCGCGCAUCCUCACGCCCGGACCGGACGCCCCGCCGCCCAAGCCCGCCCUGCGCGGCUUCGACGCAGGCAUGCCGAAGCCGUACUCCGCGCGCAAGGAGCCCCGCCAGGAGACGAUGUGGUCGGCGCUAGUUGACGAGGGGCUGGGCGCGGCAUCCAGCGACGACGACGGGCGCGCGUUCGACGCCGGCGGCGCGGGCGAGGCCGGCGACGGCGGCAUCGUGAUGCCGUCCGCGGAGGAGAUCGAGGCGAUGGCGACGGGGGGGAGUCUGGGGCCCAUUGACGGCGGCGCGGGCGCUGAAGGGGGUGGACAGGAUGGCGGGGAGGCGGGGCGGCGGCGGAAGCCGCGCGCGGGGGGCGACGGGGACGUGGGGGCGGGGCUGCCGCGGCCGGGGGACCCCGUGGAGGGCAUGGGGGAGGGGCGGUGGAUCCUGGACUGGAAGGGCGAGCCGAUGCGGAUCAACCCCGGGGACUCGAUGCCGCUCUGA